CCCAAUUUCUUUCCAUUUGUUGUGGUGGGUUUUCUUUUUCUUUUUUCCAGCCGGCAUUACCCUUUCCUUCGGUGUCACUUUCUCGGGAAAAUCCCAUACUCUUUUUUUCCUUUUCUUGAUGAAACCCUAAAAUUCUCGAGAAAAAUCGAAAAGAAGAAGAAAGAUUGGCACAACAAGGACCGGGUAAUGGAGAAAGAUCAUCAUCAUCAUUAUGUGCUGGAAAUAACCUUAAUCUCCGCACAAGGACUUAAAGAACCAUCUGGUCAACUCCGCCGUAUGCAAACUUACGCCCUUGCAUGGAUCGAUCCUUCUCUUAAACUCCGUACUUGUAUUGAUCGUUCCGGCGGUGGAAACCCUACUUGGAACGACAAGUUCCUUUUCAAAGUCUCUUCUGAUUUUCUUUCUAAAGAAACUUCCGGUGUUUCCGUUGAGAUCUAUUCCGUCGGCGUCCUUCGUGAUUCCCUACUAGGAACCGUUCGUUUACUCGUCGGUAACUCGAUCCGGACUGGUUUUACGAUCCACCCUCCUUCUUUCACCGCGGUUCAAGUUCGUCGACCUUCCGGUAGGUUUCACGGCGUUAUUAACAUUGGGGUUACGGUUCUUGACAUGGCCGAUGUACCCUCCAUGUCUGGUUUAUCCGCCGUCGGUUUCCGUGACCUGAUCGGAGAAAGCAUUAAUUCGAAGAAAAACAGGGGAUUGAAGAAAUCGAAAUCUACUACACUACCUUUACCCGGUGAGAAUUUGUCCGAUGAUCAAUCAGACGAUUGUCAUUCCUCGACGACAUCGUCAUCUUCGCCGGCGUCUACGGCUCUAAGGGAAUGGAAUGGGAUAAUUAGGGAAAUAGAGAAAAGAAAGAAUCAUAUAAGGUCUUCAUCAUCGGAAGAUGGAAGCUUGCUUUGUGGAUUGGGGUUAUCGUCUAUGAAGGUUGGUUGCCUUAGCCCCUUCAUUGUUGGUGCUGCAAGUUUUAAUGAAGGGAAAAAUCCACCAUGAAUGGGGGCAAUCAAGAUUCAUUUCACUAUAGUUUUAAUGAGAUGAUUGAUCAUUGUUUUGUAUAUUAAAUAGAAUUUGAAAUUUCAUUUGU